GCGCCACACAGAUGCAAAACUACACGGACAUUGAAGCACUAACACGGGGACUGUCCUGCUGCAAGUCUCCUGGAGGACGCUAAAGCUAAAUCCACCCCGAAAGCUGAGCGGAAUACGAGCCUAAAAACUUCCCCGUCGACCAAAAGAAAGGAAAACACUGAAAAAGCGGAGGCCGUCUGAGUUUGCUCUGGAGGAUACUGCUGCUGCUGCUGCUGCUGCUGCUGCUGCUGCUGCUGCGUUGUGAGGAAGUUGGCUACUUUCCCCACUGACUGCGCUGAGAGGCUGAUUCAACCACAAGAUGAAACCCGAGCUGAAGGACCAGAAUGGCUGCACACAGUGAACACCUGGAAUUAUACUUCCUUUGACAACAUCUUGUAGAAUCGCCAGAGAACUUUGAACGGAGCACUCAGAACGCCCACAAAUCUAAGUUUUGAUUUGUAUCUGUGAAUCAUAACUAAGAGACUGCCAUCAUGCCUAUUCUCAAGCAGCUGGGGAACAACCUGAACCAGUCAAAGCGGCGGUCUCGGGCCGACCUGACCGCUGAGAUGAUCAGCGCUCCGUUGGGGGACUUCCGUCACACCAUGCACGUGGGCCGAGGUGGCGACGCCUUCGGGGACACUUCGUUUCUUAGCACCCGAUCAGGGGAACCUCCCAAGGAGCCGGACACCAAGCAGGGCUCCCCGGGCCCCAAACCAGGACUGCUGUCCCGCACCUUCAGAAGCAGCAAGCGGUCUCAGUCGGUGAACCGGGGGGACAAGUACGAGUACAACAUGGUGCCUUCUGCUGCCUCGUCUCAGUAUGUGAAAAACGCCAUAUCCCUGCCUUACCUAAACGAUGAGGGCACUACCAGAAGUCACCAACUGCCGAAGAGCGUUUCCUCAAGCCCCAUGAAGAAGCUGACGGAGACUGAAAGCAAGCCAAUGAACGGAGCAGCAGCGAUGGCGACAAUCGACGCCGAGUUUGACGAGAGGAACUUCGGCGAACUUACAGAUUUGCCUCCAUCCAUGCCGAAGGGAAGCGGGUUGAAGCACGCAGAGUCUAUGAUGUCCUUCCAUAUCGACCUGGGGCCCUCCAUGCUCGGGGACAUCUUGAGCGUGAUGGAGAAGAAGGGCUGGGAGGACGACGAUCUCGGCUACGAGGAAGGCAAAGGCAGCGAGGGCCACGGGUCGCCUUCCCUCAUCCCCAACAUAGACGACGACGAUGCGGAGGACCAGGCGCCUGCAAGGCCGCCUCGCAGCAUGCGAGCAUACCAGCACAAAGCCAUGGUGGAUCCCUACACCCCGGAGCUGCACGCCAGGAACAACCACCACAACAUGGAUAGCUGCUCCGUGUCCAGCUCUGGCUCCAUCACAGAGGAGAAACCCCAGUACCACCACCACGACGGCGACACGGACAGCGCAAAGUACAGUUCGCCACAUGGAGAGGACGACAGAGAUUUCACCUUCAUGGAUGAGGAUGAUGAUGAUGAGAUUCGGGUGUAGACUGAGACGGUAUCACUACCAUGAAGGACACUAAAGGAGAAGGCCAGGUUUUGGGAGGCUUUUACAAGCAGGGGAAGGCAGGAGGGAGGUUUACAGGCAGGGCCACAUGUGGUUUAAGCUUCUUGUAGAUUAGUGUCAUAUCUGCACACUUUGUUCAACAUCAUAAACAACCAGUUAAGCCUUUUUCACUCUGCUGUAGUGAGGACUGUGAGCUAAAUGCAGAGUACAGACAGACUGGCUCCCCACAUAGCUCUCUUGAAAUGUUUGCUGAUGCAGUUUUGCAACAUCAAACUCUGAGAUCAUCAUUAUUGGUAAAUUUCAAUUUUCAAGUGAUAGCGGCUCCCACGUUUGAAGAAGAAAAGGCAGCACACCACGAGUUCAGAGUGGGCGAUCCAGUGAUCUUAUAUAACGGGCAAGAAAAUCUCAAUCUGGUAUAUGUUCUGCUUAUCUUACAGAUGGCGUCAUUACGAGUGCUAUAUGUAGCUGAACUGAUAGAAGCAGUCAUUUGAAGUGACAGCCUCUCUAUCCAGGUCAUUAUCUAAUGACGUGAUCACAAGUUCAACUAAUUCUGUGGGGAGAAUUGCGAUUUAGAUCAAAGGACUGUCAUAUGAUCUUUUCGCCCGAUCGCCCACUCCUACAAUUAUCUACGAACAUUAUACUCAAUUUAAGAAGCAGUAAAAGGUGACAGUGGGAUUGGAGAAUG